GACUUUCCACUCCUCGACGUCGCAAGGAGCCUUUCAAUUUUUCCGCCAUUCCUCCUUUGUCUUGUUCGAUUCGUGCCCUCAAUCACGAAGCAUGAUAGAUCCUGGUCGCAAUGGACGGUGACCCGGCUGUUGAGCCCGAGGUCGAUUCCUUUAGUCUCGCCCUUCCACUUCCUUACCGCGUCGCAAUCAUCACUGUCCUGGGAAUUUGGGCAUGGGGGUUGAAUCUGCAUUACCUGCACCUCCUUAAGAUUGACGUUCCCGCGCUUAUACGAUACCCUUCUCGUCCAAGCCAGAAUUCUAUCCUUCAUCACCAUUCGACGUACCGAUUAGCUACGCUCCUUACCCUUCCACUGGUCGGGUCUCUCCUUCUUUUCUGGCUCGUCACUCGGGGAGACCGACAUGCCGCACUGUCGUGGCAGAUUCUCCCGCAAUCCUAUCUCUUGUUCCUUGCAUUAUGCUUCGUCCUUCCAGUCAGGCGCAUGUCGAGCUCCGGCCGUCUACACUUCCUGUCUACGUUGAAAAGGAUCAGCUUGGGCGGGUUGGCGGAGGUGCAAGAUGGAAAAUUCGGAGACAUCCUGCUAGCCGAUGUUCUCACAAGCUAUGCGAAAGUCCUGGGAGAUCUUUUCGUCUCAACCUGCAUGCUCUUCUCGGCGAAGACCACCAGCACGGCGAAACCAGAUCGAGGAUGCGGUGGGGCAUAUCUUGUCCCGUUAAUCAUGAGUGUCCCCAGCGUCAUACGGCUACGUCAGUGUUUGAUUGAGUAUUUUCGCGUGCGCAGGAAUCGCACACCUACCUCUGGCUGGGGCGGGCAACAUUUGGCGAACGCGUUGAAGUACUCGUCUGCCUUUCCAGUCAUCUUCCUGAGUGCGCUGCAACGAGGUUAUGACCCGACGACAUUCCACAUGACUGAAGCAGGUCUGUUUAGACUAUGGUUGUUUUCCGUCUUCGUCAAUUCAUUCUAUUCCUUCUACUGGGAUGUGGCCAAGGAUUGGGACUUGACACUUUUCUCUUCGAGCAGAGAAAGGAACGAUCCCGAGCAUCCUUAUGGCCUGAGGCGAUACCGAUAUUUUCACGCACAAGAAAUGUACUAUACCGCGAUAGUGAUAGAUCUUCUUCUGAGGUGCACAUGGAGCUUCAAGCUGUCGCCGCAUUUGGACCACUUCAACGAUCUGGAGGGCGGCAUCUUCAUGAUGGAGCUGAUGGAAGUUGUGCGGCGCUGGAUGUGGAUUUUCUUCCGUGUAGAAACCGAAUGGGUUCGCAAUAAUCGUGGUCCUGCUCCUGAUGAUAUUCUUUUAGGAGAAUUUGGAGGAAAGCUGGAUGAGGAUUGAGUAGUCACUGUUAACGACAUCAAAUCCCAUGGAUUGGAUCAAUCCGGAUUUGGGCUUAAAUUCUCCAAAGCCCGAGCAUCAUAGCAUAAGAGUGGCGUAGUAGAAGUGUAGUAGUAGGCUACUCGACGCAGCAC